ACACUAUCUCCUCUCUCACGAGGUCGUACCAGUCCUUCUUCUUGAAAGGCGUCCGCUAAGCCCUCCACCACGUCACUUGCUUUUCCACGCCGUCUUCUUAUAACUUCACACCUUUCGGGAUCUAGUUUACCGCUGCUGAGCAGCAUAUCUAGGCCAUGGCUACAGAACGAGUUCUUCUGACUGGCGCAGACAGUCUUAUUGGAUCCCAUGUCCUUAACCAACUCCUCUUUCUCUUACCCAGCGUUUCCGUCCGGGCCGUUGUUGGAUCCCGAGAACAGGCACGAAUGCUUGCACAGCGAUUCCCGCAGGCUUCGAAUCGACUGGACUUCACUGUAAUUCCCCAACAACACACCUCUGUUCCGGGCGCGUACGAUGAGGCCUUGAGUGACUACUCGCAACCCUUUGAUACCGUCAUUCACACCGCCAUCCCCGAGCCUUUCGAACAAGCGGAUUGCUUAUCUCGAUUCAUCCACCUCCAAACCGUAGACCUCAUCAACUUCGUCCGAAAUGUAAAGGACGCCGCUCCAGCCGUCAGAAGAGUCGUGAUAGUCACAUCGUUCUCAUCCUUCGCGAGAUGGCUUGUUGACCCAGGUAUGGAGGAUGAUCACCUGGCAAGACGCGAUUCCUCAACGAGUGCUACAAAGAUCGAUACCGACUACAUCCUCGUUACCAGCCAGUCUAGCAGUAGCCUGGUGCAUGAGGCACUCUUGAGAUGGUUGAAUGGAUCACCGUCAUAUUCGUCUCCCGGCCGACAGUUCGACUUGGUCUCUGUUACCAGCCCGAGUAUAUAUGGUCCCUCUCUUUGCCCAUUGGAAAACUCGUCAGAUUUGGAGGAAGCAAAUAGAAGAAUCUGGAAUAUUUGCUCCAACGAUGCUCGGGAAAGAACGUCUUCGCCCCCGUAUGGUAUUGAUUUUUAUUCCGACGUAAGGGACCUAGCUCUUGCAAGUGUGCGGGCUACCUCAAGACCGCAAGCAGGUGGCAAGCGUUUCGUUGUCUCCGCUGGACGGAUGCCGUCGGGUCCCUCAAUAGCUACGCUACUGAAAAGCCGAUUCCCGGAGCUGGGGAGGCGGAUAAGGCCAGAAGCUUCUUCAGAGUCUCAAGAUCCACAGAUGGACUCGUCCAUGGAUGUUAUUGAUAAUCACCUGGCCGCUUCCAUGCUCGGAAUGACCCAUCACCAGUCGGUUGAGGAAACCCUUGUUGACACUGCACAUCAGAUCUUGGAACUCCAACAGCGCAAGGAAUGGAAACGAGUCAUACAAAGCUAGCUUGUAUGACCGAUACAUAUUGUCAAGCACUGUUGAUUCAGUCAGUGACAGCCUUGUGCUAGGAUGAUAAUAAUGGGACCGAACAAGGAUCGCCA